UGUGGAAAUUACUGUGCGCUUGACUCAGUCCCCUUUCAAGCAAUAUUCCAAAUGCAACAUAGAGGAAGCUGUCGGACCGUGCUGUGUCAGUGAGCACAGAAAAAUGUAAAAAUCUAUUAGUUAAAAAAUGGAAAAGGUGUCAGUUGUAAGAACAUAAAUGAGAAGCCUAAUAGACGAGCUUAUUAUCCCUUGCAUAGAGGUCACUACAGUGGACAGCUAUAUCAUCUAAAAAUAAAAAAAAUCACAGUUGGAAAGGUAACCUGGCUGCUUUACGGGCUGUUGUAACAUAUAGAUGCCUUUCUAUAAUAUUUAUUAUUUGUUCAUGAAAUGCUAUUUUCCUCACAUAGAUAAAAAGUGGCACAGCUCACCAUAGCCUACUCUCAUGUUUUUUAAAAUCAGUUAAAGGAUUUUGUCUGCUAACAUUUGAGUCCUUCAACAUAAUUAUAAACAAAAGGUGACCACCAGGGGCAGAUAUGAGAUCAUUAUUUUUUCAGAUUGAUUUUGAAGCGCGUUUGGCCUGAAUUUCAAAGACGGGCACCUGUCAGUCGUUGCUAGCCUCUGGAAUCCUCUCACUCAAGCCGCGGUUUUAUUUUUAGGUCAUGUGGCUCUUGAGGUGUAACUCGAAACUCUUUCUGUUGCUCUUUCUGAGUCCUCAACAGAUAAUCUGAUAGGGCUCUAAAUUUAACCCUGAGGCUAGGGAUAUUGUGUGUGUGUGUGUGCAUGCAAAUGAGAAACAGUUUUACAGAGUGUUAAAAUCGAGUUAACUGGAGUAUUGAAUAUUCUCAGCGGAUAUGAAGCCGUUCUGCCAAUAAUUUUACCAACAUGCUCUUUUUAUCAACAAGAUCUUUGGUCUAGUUGGGUUUGAUUAAAGCGCCCUCUAUGUGUGAGAACCGGUACCACAGUUUGGAUUCUCGAUCUGUUACGUUACACCGUGGCUCAUUAAUAUUAAUUCAGAAAUAUCAAUGUUGCUUAUUCGAUUUGUUUAGCGUCCGAACAAAUUUUUUUUUUAAAUUAACAUCCAUUAUUAUUUUGUGGUAUCGCCAAUUAUAAAUAGAUUAAUGUCGCUUUUACAAUAUUAGCCAGAAUAUUUAUGCACCAACGUCUUCCCGUCAACAAAUUGUUACGACUCCUUUACGGACGUCACAAUAUUGUAAUUAAUAUUCAUGAGCCAGUCUCAGCUGGGAUUUGUAAAUCCGCCUUUGGCAUUGGGAAAGACGCACGCAAACUACAGGAACACAAAGUUUGGUGACAUUUAAUCACCGCAACACUGUUAUGGACACACAUUAUCUAGAGAGGACUAUCGCAUGAAGAACUUCUUUCGUACGGAUCUACUUUCAUAAGGAAACGCGGUUACCUUCAGAGUUUUUAACCUUAAACUUAACCGAGAUUUUUUUUGCCAUUGUGUUUCUUAGUUUACAGCAAAAAAUGCUUUUGACAGCGAAACAAUUUAUUUUGCUUAAAUUAUGUUUAUAAAAUAUUUUUUUGAUGGUGGGUGCAUUAAUAUUAGCACAACAGAAGCACAGAGGUUUAUCUAAAAACGGUUUCAUUACCCAACAUCGGCUGUUUUUUAUUUUUCGUUAAUGUAAUUUAUUUGCGAAAUAUAGCCUACUCCUGUUCUAACCUGUGUUUAUACUUGAGCAAUACGAUUUUUCCUGAAGCUGUAGCUGUUUAUAGCAUCACUAUCACAUAACCUGCUGGAUGUGCAUCUGUUCUUUGGAUCAUCAGAAGUCAUAGACAGCACUGGCGCUUAAAUACUGUCAUGCACAUCUUCUGCCUCACCGCGUUGCUCGUCCUUCGCGGCCUGGUCAGCUGCGACACCUCCAGUGACGAACCGCACUACACUGGACUGUACAAGGACGCAACUGUGACCACAACAGAUCCAUGUCUGCAAGUGAGCCCUCCGUGUAUGACCGAGGCUGACCGCUUCAGUAUGGAGGCUCUCCAGCACAUCCACAGAGAGAUGGAUGAUGAUCAGGAUGGAGGUAUUGAGGUGGAGGAGAGCGUUGAGUUCAUCAUAGAAGACAUGCAACAGCAACAACAGGCAAACAAGCACAGUAAACUCCAUCAAGAAGACCAGCACAUCACUUUGGAGGAGCUCUGGAGGAGCUGGAAAUCCUCGGAGGUUCAUAACUGGACUCAAGAGUACGUGUUGAGCUGGCUGAGGGAGUUUGUGGAGUUGCCUCAAUAUGAAAAGAGCUUUAAAGAGCUGCGUGUUAAUGGGAACACAUUGCCCAGGAUUGCUGGCAAUGAACCGUCAUUUAUGAGCACUCACCUGAAGAUCCACGACCAGCAGCACAAACAAAAACUCAAACUCAAAGCUCUGGAUGUGGUGCUGUUUGGACCUCCCACACGUCCUCCACACAAUUGGAUGAAAGACCUGAUUCUUAUGGUGUCAGUGGUGAUGGGGAUUGGCGGAUGCUUGUUUGCGAAAACACAGAAUAAAACAUCUAAAGAACACAUUUCGAAGAUGAUGAAGGACCUGGAAAGCUUGCAGAGAGCAGAGCAAAGCCUCAUGGACUUACAGGAGCAGCUGGAGAAAGCCCAGGAGGAGAAGCGCACAGUGGUGGUAGAGAAGAGGAAUCUCGAGGAAAAGAUGAAAGACGAGAUUCAGGGAGCUCAGGAAGAGGCCAACCGCCUUCACAAACUCCGUGCGGGAGCCGUAAGCGAGCUCAGCCGCCUUCGGUACGCAGAAGAGGAGCUUGACCAGAUGCGUGGCGCACUGAUGAGGGCGGAGAAAGACAUGCAGUUCCUGUGCUCCAUCCCUGAAUCUCUGCAGCUGUGGCUACAGCUCACCCAUGAGGUGGAGGUGCAAUACUACAACGUCAAGAAGCAAAGUGCAGAACAACAACUCAACACAGCUAAAGAAGAGGCUGAGAAGAUCAAGAAGAAACGGAGCUCUUUGCUGGGUACUCUACAUGUGGCACACAGCUCUUCAUUGGAUCAAGUGGAUCAGAGAAUCCUGGAGGCAAAGAAUGCACUAGCCGAGGUGACCGCUUGUCUUCGGGAGCGUCUGCACAGGUGGCAGCAGAUUGAGAACUUGUGUGGAUUUCCUUUGAUGAAAAAUGCUGGCCUGUCCAAUCUCACCGCUACUCUGUACCCAGACUCCAACUGGAUGCUAAUGCCCCGGGCUGCCAUGCAGUCCUAUCAAGUGCCCAUGGCGGUGGAAGACAUGGAAGAGGAAAUGUCACAGAUUAUACCACAGAUUCCUGUUACAGUUGCUCCUCUGAAAUGUUCUCCACGGUCUCUGGUUCGUUCCCGGAGAUCUGGGCACAUGGUGCCUUCACCUGUAAUUGUAUCACCUGACCCUGACCUCCUGAUUCCCAUACGUUCACCGCUGCGGCGAUAUGGAGAUGAAGAUGAGGAACACAUGAAAUUCUCUCCUCUAGUGAAACAGGAGUCCAUGGACACAUCCUCAGAUACAGAGUCCAUUGGUUCGUCCAUCAGCAGAAUGUACACUAGCCUGGACGUUCCACCUCGCAGAAAAUACAGAGAGGGUUUGUUCUCUGAUAAAAUGUCCCGAAAGAUUUCCCUGGAAGAACAAGAGGAUAGUCCCUCACGCAAGAUCUCUCAGGAGGAGAUGGACGAGUCUUUGAUGAGCACCUCGAGGAAAGUAUCAAGAGAGGAACUGGACACUGAUACUCCAUUAAGAAAGACAUCAAGGGAAGAGUUAGAGACCACCGUGCACCUUCCUAAAGAACUGACAGGUAUAGCAGAUACUGAAGGUACCGUCAGUUCAAGGAAACUACCCAGAGAUUUGUCAAUAGAUUCAACUAAGAGGUUUUACUCCACAGAAAAGUUAUAUUCCCCAGCAACAUCAGUAAAUAUCGAUCAGAGACAACGGUCAUUCAGAGAGAGAAAAGAUCCAAUGGGGGACAGUAUUUGUAGAGCGAUUCCAAAAAGUGACAUUGACACAGACAUCACAAGUGCGAAUCGGUAUUCUGAUUCUUUAAUGAGCGCUUCCAUGAAACAGAGGGAUAAUCUUGAUUUUACAAACAUCCAACGAGGAAGAAUGUUUCGGGAAAACUCCUUCGAAUCAACUUGUGAAAGUUCCAUCGAAAGCUGUAAAAAAUUAAAGAUGUUUGGCAAAACAGAUCCGGCCAAAGAUAUCCCUCCGAGAAUGAUGCCGCAGGAUGACUUUGAUGUGUCCUCUGAAAUCGUUGGUGACAUUUCUGUGAAUACUGCCUUAAGGAAAAUGACGGGUGAUGAGUUUGACACAUCAAUGGAAAAUCAAAGAGGUAGAUCCUUUAAAGAGAGCAGGGAUGUGCACAUGGAGACACAAAGAGUACAACGCGGUAUAAAGAUAGAUAACCCCGUGGAUUUGCCCAUUGGUAAAAUACAGAGAGAGGUGUUGGGUUUGUCUACUGAAGCAGUUACGUACCCAGGACCACCUGGCCCACCCGACCUCACUGUUAGUUCCUUGAUGGUCUUGAAACCAGCCUCAGAAACACUCAGCACGCUGGUGUAUGACGGCAUUCUAGAAAAGUCCUAUGAGAACGCGGUUACCCCCGCUGCUGGUGAUCUCGGUUAUGGUGCCGGGGUGUCUGGUUCUUCUCAAAGUCUUCUGGGAUAUGAAGGUUCCUCAGCAAGUUUAUCUUCCUUAGAAUCCAGCAGCAAAGACAAGGGCAAGAAGUCUUCCAUGCUCAAGAAUUUGUUUAAGAAGAAGAAAGAGAAGGACAAAGAUUAACUAUUCUGGCUAAGCAAAGCCAAACCAUGUCUUUGGAGACUUUUUGGGAACGUUUUUCUUAGAUUUACAGGAAUUUCAGCUUUAUCUUAGAAUUUUCAAUAGACUCGGACUGGGACUUAGCUCAGAGGAUACAGCAUGUGGCACUCUAUCAAGCUGCACUUCCAGGUAGGAUUCAAGGAUGGUUUGCUGCAUAGUGUUUUCUUCAGAAAAGUUGUCUAAAUGAGAUGAUAAAUGCACAUUUUCCCUUCUUGUGGGUUUCUUAUGGAUUUUCCCUUUUAACUUUUUAUUUUUAAAUAAUUGUUGAUGAUAUAUGAAACAUUUUUGCUUUGAUAAACUGUGAUAUUGUUGCAUCUUAGAUUAUAGCAGUUACAACAUGCCUCGUUUUAUUUUGAUUUACUUUAUUUACUUGGUUUGCACUGAAAAAAUCAAAUAGAAGUGCAAUAGCUCCCAAUCAAUAUAAUAUGUGAUCCUGGACCACAAAACCAGUCAGAAGUAGCACAGGUGUUUUGUAGCAAUAGCCAACAAUACAUUGUUUGGGUCAAAAUGAUCGAUUUUUCUUUUAUACCAAAAAUCAUUAGGAUAUUAAGUAAAGAUCAUGUUCCAUGAAGAUAUUUAAUUAAUUUCCUACCGUCUGUAAAUGUAUUAAAAUUUUAUUUUUGUGAGUGGAGCAGCAAAAUCGCCAACAAAAAUGUCAGGAAACACGUCUACAAACAUCACUCGCUUCUGCCCGCUCUUUGGGAAUAACCCACUUAAGUUUGGUAUCUAUGUAAAGCUUAGAAUUUCAGCUUUCGGGUUCAUAUACUCUCCACAACGUCAUUACAGCGGAAAGCCAAUAGAGAGCGUUAAAACAAACCUGUUCCUUCUUAGCAACAGCCUGCUGCAGCUUGUGAUAUGGACAACUUUAAAGGCGAUUUUCUCAAUAUUUAGAUUUUUUGCACCCUCAGAUUCCAGAUUUUUAAAUAGUUGUAUCUUGGCCAAAUAUUGUCCUAUCCUAACAAACUAUACAUCAAUAGAAAGCUUAUUUCUAUAUCUCAUUUUAAGAAUGGACUCUUGACUGGUUUUGUGGUCCAUGGGUCACAUAUAAUAUCACCAAAUAAUUAGCAAAGAAUAAGUCUGUUGACUUCAGAAACAGUGUGACUGAUACUGUCAUACUGUAUAAAAGACUAAAUCAGUAAUAUUUGCAUCUAAAAAUAUACAGUAUAUCUAUUAGGGUCGGGUAUCAUUUGAAUUUGAUCAGUUUCGAUUCCGAUUCUGCUUAUCGACUCCGAUUCUAGAAUUGGAAUUGUUUUUUGUUUCCCAACCCUAAUUAUUAAUGCACAUAUUGUAAUUUCAAUUCACUCAUCAUUGUUUAAUAAAGAUGUGUUUAAUUCAAAUUUUAUUUAUACGUUCAUGCAUUUGACAGACACUUUUAUCCAUGGAAGCGUACAGUGUUUAGUUUAGUUUGUGUGUUGAUAAAGAUUGAAAGGGAAGUGAUGGAAUUUGUAUUUAUAUUAACUUUGUGUUGUUUGACAUCUUAAAUACUGACCCACAUCUUUAAGAAUGUAAUGAAUAUUUUUAGACAUGUAGAGAUUUCUCUGUCAGGCUGUCUCUGUGUUUACUGUGAAUUUGUCUGAUUUGCUGAUUUGCAUUGCAUUUCUUGACUAUGGAAGUAUUUUAUUUAUUUGGUUUUAUUGUACAGCACUAUGGCCAACAUAAGUGCUUUUUAAUGUGUGAUAUAUAUAUAUAUAUAUAUAUAUAUAUAAAUAUGACAUUUCUACAAAUUACAUUUUAAUAUUUCAUAAUUAGAUGUAAAACUGUCUUUUAAAAUAAGCACAAAUUUUGUGGUCAUGCUAUGACUCACCAUAUUAAUAGAGAAAAAGCGCACACACCAAAUACUACUGUAUUUUUAAAUUGAUGUCAGUUUUUUCGCACAAUGUAAGCACCUAAGUGGUUUUGGGCAAGUGCCUUUUAAAUAAUAGGCCAGGAGUCACAGAAUCUUUUGAUCUUUUGGGUUAAUGCUAAGAUUAAAGUACAGGGCUUUUUUUUAAACUAAUUUUCAGUAUUGCCCAAAAGAUGGUCUGAAAAGUAUUUAUAAUGUUGAUGUAAGACAGCCUGUAGUCAGCUUUGUUUCGAGAGUUGCACAUAUGAAAUAGUCUUACUCCAUUUGAUUGAAGAGACCACAUUAUUUACCCUCUACCCACUUCUUUGUCUGUUAAGAGACAGUUGUGGUAAUAUUUACAUGUUACGCUUUAGCACACGGCAGAUAAUUUUUUCUGAUAGCACUGAUUUCAUACCUGACACUACGUCACGUAUACAGAAAGCCAACUCUUGUGGUUUGUCGUUUACAUGUAGGUCAGAGGCCUCCUUGUCUGAGUGGGCGGUUCCUGACCAAAAUAACACAUAAUAAAUGUGUGUUUUAUACUGAUGAUCCAGUCUAAUUCUGAAUUUUCUCACUCUUUGUAAUUUAAGACUAACCUUAAAUGCUAUUAAAAGGGGUUUUCCUGUAUGCUUAAAAGAUUUAGGGCUGUUCACAGUUUUUUUACAGGUCCUUUGAUGUUUUUAGAUGUGUACUCAAACCGCAAUUGUUUCCAAUGGUCGCAGUGUCUGCUUGUAGAUUUUUUAUUUUGUGUGUUAGUAGCUGAAUAUAUCAGUAAAUAGGAGUACUAAAGUAUUGCAAAAUUACACCUCAAUUAAUAUGACAAAUCAUAAACAAUAACACCUUUAAUCGUAUGCAUAAUUUUACAUUUAGAAUGUCUGCUAUUAUAUUCCAACAAUUAAAACCACUGUAAAUGUGACAUUUUUAAUAGAGGAUGCAUGGAAUCUUAAUGUUAAAUAAAAAGUUAAAUAAAAGUUUCACAUCUGUAAAUUUGAAAGAUAAUAAGUACGCAGAGUCAAACAUGAAACAAGAUAGGCCAAGAUUACAUUAUAUAGGGUUAAAAUCAUUACCGGUUAACAAUUUCAUAAGAAAACGUAUGAGACAUAACA